AAAGAAGCCGUUUGGCCCUCCUCGGCUUCCGUUCAGCGGAUGUAGACUGCAGGUCCCGUUUGUCCUGCUGCAGCGUCCUUUUUGGACUCGGUUUCGGUUCGUUUGGUCUCUGCUGCCAGACCCGCUGAGAUAAAGAUGUCUGCUAACCCCCUGGGGCCUCUGGCCAGGAAACUGAUGAAGGGUGUAAUCGUUGUGGAGCUGCUGGGAGUUUUUGGAGCUUAUGGACUGUUCCACAAGAUGAACAACAGUCAAGAGUUCAGGAACACCAUGAACAACAAGUUCCCUUCAGUCCUGGAAGUUUAUUACCAGUCCAACGAGUGGGCAGGAGUCUACGGUAUCCGAGAGCAGGACCAUGAAGCCUGGUCAGCCAAACGGGACUGAGUGUCCAUGAGCAGCUACUUCUUUUUCUUGAACGUCCCGCCUCCUGUUUGGGCUCGGCCGAACAUCUUUCUCUUGUUGAAUGUGAUCUUCUUCCUGCGCAGUGUCUUGGAGUCACGUCCGUGGAUCCAGUCGUCUCUCUGAGCUUCCCACUUCAGCUGCUUGAGGCCUGUGGGAAGGAGGACAGGUCAGAGAAAGAAGGUCCUGCUUUUUAAAAGUGACAGAACACAGAAGAAAAUGGCUUUACUGCUUAAAAAGGACAGGUUGUGUUUUUUAAUGCAGUAUCUUUCCAGCAGCAGCCAGAGAUCCCAGCUUAGAUGAUCGGGCAUGAAGAGUGAGGAUAACAAGAACCAUUCAGGAGAAAACAUUACAUCAUUCCUGCUCCUUGCAGGUGCAAUCCGGACUCCAUCAGAACUCCUGCCUGAUUCUCAAAACUGGAAUCUCUGGUUGCUUCAGGUACUUCUUCCAUUCACGUCAAAGAAGCCAAUCAGCAGAGAUCCUAGUGAUCCACCCCUACCCGGUUCUGUUUAGGCUUCAACUGGACUCUGAAUGUUUCUGAAGCUGUAUCGCUGAUGUUCUAAAUGCUGCUGGUAUCCAGUAAACUAAAAUAAAACCA